AUGGUGCUGGUGUGUUGGUCACAUCUUGGUGCCUGGAUUUGGUUUCACAUGCCGCUCUUCAUUUUCCUGUCUGGAUCCUUUGUCCGUCCCUUCAGCCGCCAGCUGCUAAUCAAGACCUUCGUGACGCUGGUGAUGCCGCUGGUGUUCUUUAUCUUCAUCUUGUUCCCUAUGAGCAUCAUCCUUGCGUUUGGGUGGAGCGAGAAUCCAUUGCUACAUCAAGAGCCAACGUAUGAAUCUUCAGUUUGGGAUGUUCUUACUGGCUGUGGACCAGGCUGGUACAUUUGGUUCUUGCGCUGCUUGAUUAUUUGGCGCGUUGUCAGCAUGUUCACCUGCCAGCUGCCCAAGAGCCUUCAGAUUUCUCUUGCUGUCACCAGUGCUUGUGUCGGGAUCUACCUGCCAGCACCUUGGAACCCGCAGGACGUGGGGAUCUUUGCCAUUCAACGUGCGCUGUGUUUGUUCCCCAUCUUUGUCAUGGGACAACAUGUCGACUUUGGUCGAUUUCUGCAGGCGAUUCCCGGAGCCUCAAAAGCAUCAGACCCAUGUGUCCUUGUGACAUGGACCUUGAUACUCAGCCUGAUUUACAUGGAGAACACCCCGGAGUGGAGGAUGGUAACGUUUGGCACCUUUGACGUUAUAGCAACCAAACCUAUACCGUUCUUGAGAUAUCCAUCCGUGCCCAGUUGUCCAGAUGAUUAUUACUUCAUGUGGGCGCGCUUGUUCGCCUGCUUGGGAUAUCGUGUUCUUUGCAUGUUCUUAUUCUUGCUCUUUGGAGUGCCCCGAGAAAAGACUUGGUUUACGCAAUCUGGAUCCAGAACCAUAUAUGCCUAUUUGCUCCACUACCCAUUCGUUUUGUUGAUAAACAAAGCGCUUUGCUGGUUUGCGAAUCACCAUGGCUUGCAACUCUUUGGUUCUUCCAAAUCCAUGGAGUACUUCCACUUCAUGAGACUGGCUUUCUUCCUCACUUGCUAUUUUGUACUGGUGGUCUAUGGAUUGACAUCACAGCCAGUCGUGGCGCUCUUUGGUCCUUUGAUUGAACCUACUUGGAUUCAGAGAAUCUUUCAAAGACAAGACUCGCAGUCUUCACCGAAGGAGGUAGGGUGA